AUGACAGGUAGACCAAUACCAGAUCAACUAGCUUUUGAAGAACCAACUAUGGUUCUAAAGAGACAAAAGAAAGAUACACCAUUUACACCGGCAACUCCAUUGACACCUCCAGCAACACCACCGGCAACACCACCAACAUCUAAUCCAUUCGAGGAAGCAGUUAUCAUUGCAACACCAUCGACGCCUUUGGUUUGCCCUAAAGCGCCCUCGAAAACACCACUUAGAUCACCGGCUCGUACACAAUACACGGACAUGAGCUCAAAGCCAUUGGUGACAAAGAUAUCAAUCAACGAGAAAGCAAUCAAUAGCAGUGGAGGUGGCGGUAUCGAUCCUAAUUUUCAUGGUGUACAUUUUCUUACACAACGUAAACGUGCCAAAUCAUCGAGUACACAUUUCCAAUACUUGGUGAAACUGGGUGAAGGUUGUUUUGGUGAGGUUUGGAAAGCAAAGAGCUUUCUGGACGAUCAUCUCUAUGCAAUGGAGCUUUGCGAGAAAGGCAGUCUAAAAGAUAAGCUAAAUCAGACAGACGGUGCCAUCGAUGAGACUCUGCUUUGGAAUUAUAUUGCAGAUAUAUCGCGUGGUCUCGAACAUGUUCACUCAAAUGGAAUCAUACAUCUCGAUAUUAAGCCAGAGAAUCUCUUGUUUUCAAAUGAAGGAUCACUCAAGAUCUGUGACUUUGGUGUCAGUGUGACCAAUGGAGAUACAGAGGGCGAUCAAAUUUAUAUGGCACCGGAGCUACUCGAUGAGAAUUACACACAGUCUGCAGAUAUUUUUAGUUUUGGUAUUACAAUUUAUGAAUGUAUAACAGGUUAUCAACUACCGUCACAAGGCCAAUGGUGGAGAAACCUAAGAGAAGGGAAUAUUCCGUUCCCACAAAACAUUAGCAUUUCCAAUGACCUGAAAGAUUUAAUUUCAUCAAUGAUGAGCUCAGAUCCACUAAAAAGAAUCAACAUCCUUGGUAUUUUGAAUUUGCCCAAAGUUAAGGAAAUUUUGGAGAUUAAAAAGAAAUCGGAACAACCAAACCCAAGAUUAAGAUUACAAAGAAAGUUAUUUUAA